AUGGCUGCAGGAUUGCUGACCUGGUCACAGGACUCGGUGACCUUCGAGGAAGUGGCAGUGGACUUUUCACAGGAGGAGUGGGCACUGCUGGACCCUGCUCAGAAAAUCCUGUACAGAGACGUGAUGCUGGAGAACUUCAGGAACCUGGCCUCAGUGGGGUAUCAUCUCUGCAAACACAGUCUGAUCACUGAGGUGGAGCAGGAAGAGCUGAGGCCAGAGCAGAGAGGAAUUCUCCAAUGUGCUUAUAGAGACCGGGAUACUCAACUUAAAUCAAAAGACGCAAUUCUUAUGCAGAAUGUUCCUGGGGAGAAAACCUCCAAUGGCAUAAAAACGGCAGCAACUCACCCUGGUGAGAAACCAAUGGAAUUUAAUCAUUGUGGAAAAUUCUUCAGAAAGAACUGUCACCUUAUUUGUCCAAGAUAUUGCAAGAGAGAGAAAUGCUACAAAUGUAAAGAAUAUGGGCAAGACUUUGGCCAUCUCUCAACUCUUAGGAGUCAUGUGAGUACUCACACUGGAGAGAAAAUUAUUGAAUUUAAUGGUUGUGGAAAAUUUUUCAAUCAAGAGUCAUCCCUUAGGAAACACUUAACUCUCACAGAAGAGAAAUCUUCUGAGUGUAAUCAACAUCUUAUGCCCUUCAACUUACAUUCUUCCUUUUCAGUACAUGAACAAAUACCUACUGGAGAGAAACUCUGUGAAUGCAGUGACUAUGGAAAAAGAUCUUCCCUUAGUUUCCACCAAAAAAUGUGUACUGUGGAGGAAAGCUCAAAAUGUAGUGAACAUGGGAAAGUUUUCACUGGCCCCUUGUCCCUUCAGAUAUGUGUGAGACCUCACACUGGAGAGAAACGUUAUGAAUGUAGCAAUUGUGGGAAAGCCUUUGUUUUUCAGUCUUCCCUUAAGAAACAUGUGAGAUCACACACUGGAGAGAAACCUUACGAGUGUAAUCAUUGUGGAAAAUCCUUCAGCCAGAGCUCUCAUCUUAAUGUGCACAAAAGAACUCACACUGGAGAGAAACCCUACGACUGUAAGGAAUGUGGCAAGGCUUUCACUGUUCCUUCAUCCCUUCAGAAACAUAUGAGAACCCACACUGGAGAGAAACCCUAUGAAUGCAGUGACUGUGGGAAAUCCUUUAUUGAUCAGUCAUCCCUUAAGAAACAUACACGAUCUCAUACUGGAGAGAAACCUUAUGAGUGUAAUCAAUGUGGAAAAUCCUUCAGUACAGGCUCUUAUCUUAUUGUGCACAAGAGAACUCACACUGGAGAGAAAACCUAUGAGUGUAAAGAAUGUGGGAAGGCCUUUAGGAAUUCCUCUUGCCUAAGGGUACAUAUGAGAACUCACACAGGAGAGAAGCCCUAUAAAUGUAUUCAGUGUGGAAAAGCAUUCAGCACCAGCACUAACCUUAUAAUGCACAAACGAAUACAUACUGGGCAAAAACUAUAUGAAUGAAAUGACUACAGGCUAGCUUUAAGGGGUCCUUCACAUCUCACUCAUUUUAGAACUCACUCUGGAGAGAAACCCUAUUGUGACCAAUUUAGAAAGCCUUCAGGCACAGCUCUUAAGUCAUGUUAUACUGGGACCAACCUUAUAAAUGUUAUGGUUCUGUGAUUGUAUUUAUCAGUGAGUGUUUAAUCUUUAAAGUGUGACAACUCAUUAAUUGGUGAGUAUUAAAGAUUAUACAGCACUCUAAAUUCCCCUUGAUCUACAUCACAAAAGUUUUGAUAUAUAAUGUUUUUACUGUAAUUAAGUACUAAAUGUCCAUUUCUCAUCAAGAUGUCUUGGACCAAACUAUAGGUUAUUUAGAAAUAUAUAUUUUAAUGUGCAGACUGUGCAUAUUUUAGUUAUCUUUUAGUUAUAGAUUUCUAAAUUAAUUGCAUUAUGCACAGAAUGCAUGGUCUUUGUGAUACAGAUUCUAUAAGACAUAGAUUCAAACAAAAUUAUUAGAGACUUGCUACAUGGCCUAAUGUGUGAGACACAAGAAGUUGCUGUCCCAAUAUCCAUUCCUCCCCUCCUUCUUUCAAGUAACAAAACUACAACUGUGUUCAAAUUAGCAGUGUGGACAGUUCUUAAGGAUUCAUCUCCCAGCUUUCCUUGCAGCUGUGAGUGCCCAUGAGCCCACAGUCCUGGCCAAUGAGAAAGGAGGCAGAGGUCACUGCUUGUGGGUUCUAAAGAAUUCUAUGGAAAUGGGAGCAUCACAUCUGGCGUUUUCACUUUACCAUUUGCCCUUUGUCUUAUCUCUUCUUUUUUCCUAGAGAAUAGACCAAUAGGAUGACAGUCAUACACUACUGAUAAUAUAAUAAGGACAUAAGGUAUUAUUUAGCUAUGUAUAAGCAACUGUGGGUUGCUUAUUUCUGGA